AUGAAAGCGAAUGGUUCAGCAAUCGCCUUAGCCCCGCGACGGAAGACAACAGCAGGAAUGUCAUCCAGUCCAGGAGUCGUCUAUUCGACCACCUACACCGACAAGGGUCCGAAACCGAAUGGUGGAAAAUUUCUAUGCUUCGACCAUCUCACCUUCUACGUGGGCAAUGCGAAGCAGGCAGCCAGCUACUACACUACCCGUAUGGGAUUCACCGAAAUAGCCUACCAGGGACUGGAAACCGGCAGUCGUCAACUGGCCAAGCACGUCGUACGACAAAACAAGGCUACCUUUGUGUUCGUUUCAGCCUACGAACCGAACAACACCGCACUGGGCGCGCAUCUGGUGCAACACGGAGACGGAGUAAAAGAUGUAGCGUUCCAAGUCGAAGAUCUGGACAUCAUUGUAAAGAGAGCAAAGGAACGUGGCGCAGUCAUGGUUCGUGAUAUCUGGGAAGAAAGUGAUGAGUUCGGAAAGGUACGAUUCGCCACCGUCAAGACAUACGGCGACACUCAGCAUACCUUUGUGGAGCGCAAAAAUUACAAAGGUGUGUUCUUGCCCGGUUACAAAGCCCCACUGUAUGACGAUGCUUUACUAAAGAUGUUACCGCCAGUUAACAUUAACUUUGUUGAUCACGUUGUUGGAAAUCAGCCCGACCUUCAAAUGGAGUCAACCGCGGCAUGGUACGAGAAGGUCCUAAUGUUCCACCGUUUCUGGUCGGUGGACGAUAGUCAAAUCCACACAGAAUACUCCGCGUUGCGGUCAAUUGUAAUGACCAACUACGAAGAAACAAUAAAAAUGCCCAUCAAUGAGCCGGCCAAGGGAAAGAAAAAAUCUCAAAUUGAAGAGUACGUUAAUUACUACGGUGGAGCAGGUGUUCAGCAUAUUGCUCUCAAUACUGACGAUAUUAUUCUGGCGAUAACGAACCUGCGAGCUAGAGGUAUGCAUUUUCUAUCCGUUCCGGAUACAUAUUACGACCAGUUACGACAGCGUCUAAAGGCUAGUAAUGUCAAAAUAACGGAGGACAUGACCGUGCUACAAAAGCUGAACAUUCUUAUCGAUUACGAUGAAAAUGGUUAUUUGCUGCAGAUUUUCACCAAAAACAUGCAAGAUCGGCCGACACUGUUUUUGGAAGUCAUCCAAAGACACAAUCAUAAUGGUUUUGGAGCAGGAAACUUCAAAGCACUGUUCGAAGCAAUCGAAGCUGAUCAGGAGAAACGGGGCAAUCUUUAAGGUUAG